UUUGCUUUUACUAUGAUCUUACUAGGUCUGUCGUUACAUCUCAGUUUUGUACUAUUAAACACAGUGGUGCUAAAACUCCGACCGUUCCAGUUGACGAUAUCCGUGUUGUACGAGGUCGUAAAAUCUAGUUCUCUAUUGUGUAAUGAAAUAAAAUCGUCGACAGGGGAUUGGAUUAAAGGGCAGUUAUAUAUUGGAUUAAACAUUUACUGCUAUUAUUCGAGAACUUUUGUGUCAUAGCGUCAGAUCGAUAAGUCGUCGUUCAGUCACAUUCAGUAAUAUGCAGCACUCUGUUUGAAACAGUAUCAUAUGCAUAUAUGUGCUAUAAAAGCCUAGUUCAAAAAGUAUAUGGUGUAAAGCUAACUUGAAUAUUUAAAUUAGUCAGAAGCUGCUAAUGCCAAACUAAUAACUUUUCAACAGUUGUAAGAGUCUGGUACGCUCCAAACGGACUAAAUUAACUUUCUAAAUUGAAUGCUCGGGUGUUCAAUAUGUUCAAUUCAUUGUAUCGGAUUUUAGCAUCUCUAUAAUUGCCGGGUAUUUGGAACUUGGUUUGGUUAACAAAAGUGCCACGCGUAUAAUAGCUAUUUCGCAUUGGAGGAAGUGGUUAUUAAACUGAUUUGUCGUUCAUUUAUGCGAAGGAUUUAUAGAAGUGUUAUCUGAAUAGGCAGCUGGUAGGAAAGACAUGACCGAGUAUGCCUAUUUUGCAGCAUUACUCCGCGGAUAUUGGUGUUUUUGAUGAAGACUGAAUUGUUUAGAUUGCUCUUAUAUUUGCAGAUACGUUCGAGUAAAAGGUAUCAUCUUCCUAGUUAUUAUUUUACCGGAUGACGUAAUAAAAAAAUGUCGUCAUUCCCAUUUGAGCUGGAUGUGGAAUCCGAAUUGUCAAUGUCCGAUAUUCAUCAGUCAAUUGAACUCAGCUUGAAUAAUAUCAGAGAACGACAUGAACAGGUCGACGCAGUAUUGGGAGAUCUUCCUUACUUGAAGCGAACAACUGAAAAUGUUCUUAUCCCGAUUAAUGCAAAAGCAGGGAUUCCACGAGUUGCAACAAUUGCACAUUUGAAAAUGCUUCUUGCGAGUUGUGCUCGACCUUCACCACCAAGUACAGCAUCAAAAAGGAGAGUACCCACGCCCCCAACAAAACUCCGCCCAUUUAGUCGGGCGAAAUCUGACGGUAGGAUAAACUUGAAUGAAGGAAAAGCCGUCACGCUACCGCCUGUGAAACCCAAGUGUUUUUCUGCAACGCAAUGUCAUACUAGGUUGCCUGGCGACGAAAAUACAUCAUGUGAAGCCGUGUUGCUACCAAUCAAUAUAAACAAAGCGUACCGAACUGUGCUGCAUACCAAAGCUGCAAGUGAUAUGAGUGAUAGCAUUCCUAAAACAAAGCUAAUCAACGCUCGACGUGAACGUAGAUUACGUCGCCAGAAAGAUGUGCUACCUGACGAAGGUUCGAAAAACGAAGCACCCGAUAUAAAACACUUCGAAAUGAAUCGGUUUUUAGACGACGUUGAACGUGAAAUGUGCGUUCUACAAGAAACAUUUUCAGCGUUUACGCAAAAAGUGUUGGUGCCGCUGCAAAUGUUUUGUAAGCAAGGCAAUAUAUCUCUACUCCCCGUCAGUAAAAAAGAUAGCACGAACAAUAAUGACCAAUCUGAAGCUGACGAAGCCCAGAUUCCUAAGCCGAGCCUGGAUCGCACAGAAUUCAGAAUUGUGCAAACGAUGAACCAAAUACGACAGUUACUAUGGCCGACUGAUAACGAAGGUCCGCCUGCAGGUUUAUAUUCGGAAGAGCAUUUCUCGAAAAAGGUUGCGUCUGAAGUAGACUGUGAAAAAUAUCCUGUGGUUCGGCUCGUUCCCGAUAUUUUACAAAAGUUCAAUGAAGUCAUCACUCUUGCAUCUAUGUGGUUAAAAAGAGAUGCCAUGUAUGUACAAAGCGCUAAAUCAGCGUUGCAAAGAGCUCAUCGACGUUUUUUAAAAACGGAAAGACUUUGGAGACAGGCCAGAGAUUCCCAACGUCAUUUACGAACUGAAUGGGAAAAUUUAUUCGGUGAAUUACAAAAUCAUACAGUGCGAUUACAUUCUGUUGAAGACGACGUUAAAAUUUUAAAAGAGGAAAUGAACAAAUACAGAGGAGUUAAGAAACUUCUGGAAAACAAAAUAAAAACUACAGAUGAAAACAUCGACCAGCUCAGAGCAAAACACAGAGCAUUACGAAAAAGAGUUAUUGUAUUGUCAACUAAAAUAGAAGCAAGAGAAAGAAGCCAUGGGUUUCUUGAAUCUCGGGUAUUAUCCUUGAAAGCAGAUCAAGAGGCGAUGAGUGAAAAACUACGUAUAAGUGAAGAAUAUACAAGUAAUUUACAAAUGAAAAUGGAAGAACUUUAUGGAGUGAGGGAUGCAUGGAGUAGAAGAUAUGAAGAUAAAACAGAUCCAGACAAAUUACGAUCAAGGUUACAGCAAGCAAGAUUGAGAAUGCCUCUGCCAUGUCUUCGUGAAAAAACUUUCAUUUUGAGAACGAGGAUGGAAAACCUCCGCGAUGCUUUAGACAUUGUCGAACAACGGUUAAGCGACAGAGACAUCUCAUGGUCAACUUUGUGUGACGAGUUACCGUGGCCCGGUAAUGAAAAAUCACCAAAAUUAGUUCGUCUUCCUGCUAUACACUCACAAAGAAUGAAGAGAAGCGACGGAGAAGACUCAGGAGGUCACUCGUCGUCUUCUCCGACCGAUUCUGACGACAGUUCUGGCUACAGAAAAGCGUUUUCGUGGCGUCGAGCAGUUGCCGCCUCGAAAAUUAAGGAACGUGUCAUGUCGACUCAUCCUCACGACGAAAGUCAACAAUGUUCGCUUAUGUUGCAUUUGUGGAUGGAACAAAACGGCAAAGAUGCAACGUUGGAAAAACUGACGCAAGCAUUGAGAGCGUCAAAUAUAAAUUCACUGGCAGACAGCGUUGAACGACACGUAACGUAGCGCGUAAAUCUUAUAUUUGUUACUUUCCCAUUUUAUUAUAUGCAAUAUAUUCUUCCAAAUUUAGCUUAAAGUGUACUGUUGUCCAUGGCGUCUUCCAAUAUCUUAUAAGAAAAAUCCCUUAUUGACAUUUCUGUAACUAGUCUCCUAAAUUUAUAGGGCUCCUACAAUAACCUACUUUUAACUUACGUUCUGCUGUAUUUGGGUUUUAAUAGGGUAUAAAAGUGAUUUGGUUGACGAGAUAUUGGUACUGUUAAAAUAACACAUAAUAGUGACUUCAUGUCCUCCCAACGUUUCAGCCUGAUACAAUCUAUUCUAAAUCAUAUUGAUUCACUCAUAUUUUUGUCGAAGACACCGACUCCAUGCAACCUACUAAUUAAAUUUGAGCUCAAUUCAUGUGUCGCAGCCAUUUCAAUUAGCGAUUAUGUUAGCAAAGUAUUCGAAUAUCGAAUAUUUUAAGUAUAUCAAUCAUUUUUGUAGUGAUUAGAAAUUUUCUGUGCAAUUUUGAAAUCCAUUUUAUUCAAUCAUUUUUUAUCAAUAUCUAAUCAUCGAAUUUACAAGCCAUUGACACUGACAUUAAAACAUACUUGCCCACUGAUUUCAAUCAUAAAUGCAAGACAAGUCUUAUAUCCCGCGAUAAGGGCUUACGACUACAUUUAUAAAAUAUACCAGUAUGCAAUACUAAAAAUAUUUCAAGUGUUUUUAGUAGUUUCACUCAACCCAAACAAGACAAAGUGUAUAUUCACAAAUCCGAUCAAUCAAGCCGAGAAAAUUAUGUUCAUGUACGCAAAGGCGAGUUUGGAUUGUAAAGAACAAAAAAAAAGAUUAAUGGCUACAUCGCACGUCCUUGGUGCAUUCUAGGUCUAAAUUAUUUUGUGUUAUAAAUUCAUGCUGUGUUUUCAUUCAAAUUUCGCCCUAUUUUUUCACAAUAUAACGAAUCAUAUUUGCUUGCUCUAAUAACUAUAUUGUGACAUCACCGUGUUUUAUUCAUAAAAUGCACGUUAUAGUAAUUGUUAUAUUAUUUACUGAGCAACCAUUUUUCUUCUCAUAUUUUGAAAAUUAUAGUUUGAUGUGUGACAUUG